AUGGAGAAGCUGCCUGUCCACACCAGAGAGCCGGUCGAGGGGCUGCGGUUGCGGCCGGGAAGAGCAACGUUCCUGCGUCGCCUCUUCUGCGUCGUGUGUUUCCUCUACGGCUACUACCUGCUUAUCCGGCCAGGACCGACAGAAUGCGACUUAACCCACUGCACCUCCCCCAGUGCCCUCGAGAAGCUGCUGGGGCCUCAAGCGACAGAGAUCAGACACCCUCCUCCUUCUCCUUCUCCUCCUGCUCCGGUUGCUGCGAUCCAGACGGGUAUUGCCUUCGACAGCCACAGCAUCAGCGAUGCCCCAACACAGAAGCCCCUGACACACUCUCCGGCGGCUGAGGUGCAGACCAAGAAGAUCCCCCUCGAGGCUCACAUCAUGAGCAAAUGCCCUGAUGCCCUCGUCUGUCUGCAAGAGCUGGUCGUGCCCGCCAUGGAGAAGAUCAGCGACAAAGUGGAUUUCCGGCUGUCGAUGAUUGCAACGGUCUCUGAAAAAUCCUCUGACAUCGAGUGUAUGCACGGCCCGUCAGAGUGUAUUGGUGACAUGCUCAUGCUCUGUGCGGCGAACCUGCCUUUCCCUGCGACGGCCGACGACUCCCUCCUGCCGACGACCUACCCUCGGACGCCCAUCAUCCGAUCACUGGGGUUUGCCAACUGCCUGAUCAGUGACUACGAGCGCAUACCGGAGCGGGAGCUGGUCCAUCAGUGUGCCUUGGAGCACGGGAUCGACUUUGAUGCUCUGAACCGGUGUGCCAGCCAGCAGAACGACGACCCGGAUGAUGGUGGGAAGGGGCACCCCCCGGUCAGUGGGGUUGCUUUGUUGCGGCAGAGUGCACUACGGGGACAGGAGCUGGGCGUUCGGCUCAGUUGUACGGUGCGUCUCGAUGAGAAGGUGUGGUGUAUACAUGACUCCGAGUGGAAGGAUUGUGCGCCGGAUGGGAAUGAGCCAGCGGUAUUGAUAGAUGAGGUGGAGAGGCUCUACAAAGAGAGGAACUAA